GUUGGAAGUCUGUGAUGAUUGCUCCGAAUUGCAGUAUGUAUAUGGUAGUAUGCUAUGCAAUUUUCAUUUAGUUUCACUUUCACUUUCCCUUUCCACCACCCUUUCAUUUCCCAAUUGAAUUUCCCCCGACCGCCGUCGUCUCUCCGGCUACGUCUCUUCGUCCUCAGGGUACGUUCACGUUUCGGUUUCCGAUGCAUUUUGUUGAGGAUUGUUUAUGAAGCAGAUAGAAACCUUGGAGGUCAUAUGCACAUGGAUGGACUACUUUACAAACGUUGAGGGAUAGUCUUUUGGGUUAUCACCGUCAACAAAUAUAUAGAAUGGCUCCAGCUAGCAGGGCUGAUAAGAAGGCUGUGGCAGAUGCAGCUGCAUGGAUGUUCAAUGUGGUCACAUCUGUUGGGAUUAUCAUUGUCAAUAAAGCCUUAAUGGCUACAUAUGGUUUCAGUUUUGCUACAACAUUAACUGGCUUGCAUUUUGCCACUACAACCUUGGUGACAGCUGUUCUAAGGUGGUUGGGUUAUAUCCAUCCAUCUCAUCUACCCUUCAAAGAGCUUCUGAAAUUUAUUCUAUUUGCAAACUUCUCCAUUGUUGGAAUGAAUAUUAGUCUGAUGUGGAACUCAGUGGGAUUUUAUCAGAUUGCAAAGCUGAGCAUGAUUCCAGUAUCCUGCUUUUUGGAAGUCAUGAUGGACAAGAUUCGAUACUCCCGAGACACAAAGUUAAGCAUAGCAGUGGUUCUUUUGGGUGUUGGUGUCUGUACCAUCACUGAUGUGAGUGUAAAUACCAAGGGUUUUGUAGCUGCAUUUAUUGCGGUUUGGAGCACUUCUCUGCAACAAUAUUAUGUACAUCAUCUUCAAAGAAGGUAUUCACUUAGUUCUUUCAACCUACUUGGACAUACUGCUCCUUCACAGGCUGGAACCUUGCUAUUAAUAGGUCCAUUUCUGGAUUACUGGUUGACAAACAAAAGAGUUGACACCUAUAAUUAUACCACAGUGUCUGUGAUGUUUAUAACCCUUUCAUGCACCAUUGCGGUGGGGACCAACCUCAGCCAGUUCAUCUGCAUUGGCAGAUUUACUGCAGUGUCCUUCCAAGUACUUGGUCACAUGAAAACAAUCCUUGUGUUGAUUUUGGGGUUUUUCUUCUUCGGAAAAGAGGGUCUUAAUCUGCAGGUAGUUCUUGGUAUGAUAAUAGCUGUAGCUGGAAUGAUUUGGUAUGGCAAUGCUUCAUCUAAGCCUGGUGGAAAAGAGCGUCGGAGCCACUCUCUCCCUACCAUCAGACAACAAAAACACAAUAGUUUGUCAGAAUCCAAUGAACUUGAGGGGAAAGUCUAGGGGUCCCAAUUUUAGAAUAAAUUGAGCAUACAACGGGUAGCUGAUUAAGGAAAUCAUCAGAGAUUAUAAAGCAAGCCAUUGAUUUAAAUUAUUUUGAUCCUGAUUUUGUAAUUCUUAUUGUAUUGAAAUUGAGUUCAGUUGAGGAAAAGGAUGAUAAAAGGAUGAUAUUUGGAUAGGGUUACUGGGUUAGGACUGUAGAUCACACUUCCCAGGAAAUUUUCCAUUUUCCUUUUUUGGUAGUAUAAUUUAUUUGUUCUUUUCACUUCGAGGGAGUUGAUUUUUUUCUCCCUCUAUUUUUGUAUUUUAAGCUGUUAUUUGAGUGCAAUUUGAUA